GCAGGAUAAUUAAGUUGUUUUAAGAACAGUGAAAGUCAACAGUUGAGUGGGAGAUUUAAUGGACAAAACACUUUUCAUAUUCAGUCACAUCAUCUCUCAGUUCAAAGAAUCUAAGGGUUCAGAGGUCAAAUCAAAGUCCAGAUUUCUUCUCAUCUCUGACUGAACCUCCAGCAUCAAACACUGAAUUCAAGAAGCUCAUUAACAUAUUAAAGAGCCGUCAGGUGUUUGAUGGCAGCUUUUGUUUCUGUUUCUGUUUAAAACUGGACACUGAAGGACUCUGGAAGCUCAGAGGUUACUGGGACAAGUUUCUGGAAACUUUGUGGAUCUUAGAGUUGAAUCAUGGACGGAAGCAGAGUGUCGGACUUCAGCAUCGAGCGCAUCCUCUCCCCACAGCUCGGACACAAGCCGCCGGUAAUGGAGUUUCCACCAGAGGGGUAUCUCCAGGGGAUCCCCGGUGGAUUCAGUCUGGACUCUGGGAACCUCAGGCCUCCUGCGCCGGUCCCAGUACCAGUGUCAGUGCCAGGCUGCCUGCAAUACCAAGGGAUGAGCUUUGGAGAUGUGUUUUACGCAGCCGGUUUCCAUCGCACAGACUUAAGCAGCAUUUGUCCAAACCCUGGAGUGUAUGUGCACUUCAGCGGCCGGGACUCUGCAGAUGCUCAGCCGUUGCUGGGCUACCAUGGCUACCACCACACCGAGGUGUCGCAGCCGCGUGAGAAGGGCCGGAUGAGGACCGUGUUCACCAACAGUCAGACCAAGCAGCUCGAGGCGCUGUUCGAGUUUACCGACUACCCGGGGAUGGAGGCGCGCGCUGAGCUAGCGAGGAGCACCGGGCUGAGCGAGGAGACGGUCAGGGUGUGGUUUAAGAACCGCAGGGCCCGGAGGAAGCGACAGCGAAGUGGGUCAAAGGUCAAAUCACCCUCCCCUCCACCCUGCAUUGGAGCAGAGAAGAGUCUCUUCACCUCCUUCCUCUAAACCCGAUAGACUGUCCACCUGCUGCUCUCAGGUCAAACUCAUCCUGUGCAGGGACACUGUCUUCACAACCCCAGAGGUCAAAGGUUAGCUGACCUCUAAAACUGAACCCUGCUCAAGGGAACUUCAGCAGAGUGUGCACCCGUGUUGACCAAAGCUGCUGUGAUGAGACUGUUGGUGACCCAACAUAACUUUUUUUUUAUUGUGGUGAUGCAUACACGUGCUGCUGGGAAAGUCAUACACCCCGGACUUCACACCCUGGGGACAGUUGACUAUGAAAUGUUUGAGGAGAGCUGUUUGGCCAAAGCUGCAGUUUAUUUCUAGAUUUAAAUUAUUUUGUAUUUCUAUGUAACUUAUUGAAAUUAGUUUGUUGAAGAUAUUGUGUGUAGUUUUUAAACACAAGCACAGUUUGUAAGAAGAGUGGUUUCAUUAAAAAAAAGUAGUUAUCAUAAAUUCUGUCCUGUGUUUGUUUUAUGUUUCAAAUUAGCAGUGAAUUGUUUUCAUGAUGAAUAGAACAUGCAAAUAUUUCAAUCACAAAAUACAAAAAUAUAGAAUAAAAUAUAAUAAGAAGGAAACUAAUGAGUAAAAUGAAGAAUAUAUAAAAAAAAAUAAGGAUAACAUACUGAGAUGAGGACAAAAGACAAAAAAGGGCCAACCUCACUGUGAUGUUCCCAUUUCCCAGCUCCCAUUUCCAGCGAUACUCCUCCACUUUAUGAUAAUUGCUGUAGAGCAGCCGGGUGAACAAGAGAAGUGUGCCACAGAGACAAUGCUGGUGCAGAGGAGGCUCUCUAUUGUUUCACCACAAGUUUCUAUCCUAACAUGAGGGCAGUCUGGAUCCAGCAUGAGACAGAGUCAAGCCACUCAAUGCUGAUGGGUCACCCAAAAUAAAGAGACUUGAGGAGAAGGGAUGGGCUGGUAACUUUCUCUACACUGAUAUGAA